GGCGCAUAUUGUGUAGGGGGCGUUCUGUUGCUGUGAACAGAAGCAAGUGGUUAGAUCAAACAAGAUGGGUCGUAACCGGAGCCGAUCACGUGAGCGACGCAGGAGUUACAGCAGAAGUUACAGCCGCAGCCCGAGUCCGGUGGAAUUCCGCAUUCAUAUAGCCGAUCUGGGCAUCGAUCCUUCCAAAAAUGAAAUCACUAACAUCUUUGAGAAGUUUGGAAAGAUCCGAGAUUUUUGGCUAGCUAGAAAUCCCCCUUGCUUUGCCUUCAUCAAAUACAAAUACAGAGAGGAGGCAGAGGAGGCCAUCAGAGAAAUGGAUGGAAAAAUUCUUUCUGGUGGGCGUGUGCGAGUUUCGUUUGCUCGUCCGAGGACACGUGGCAACCGUCGUCGUGGGUUUGACCCGAAUCUACGAUGUUACCAGUGUGGAGAGAAAGGUCAUUUCUCACGAGACUGCUCAGAUGUAUGGAAGAAUCGCAGAGCUCGAUCCAGGUCACGUUCGAGGUCAAGAGAACGAAGACGAGAAAGAAGACGACGAUCUUACUCUAAAAGCCAAAGCCGAAGUCGCAGCAGAGAUUCCGAGGAAAACAAAAGAAAACGCUCAAAAUCUUCAUGCUCAAAAUCUGAUUCCAAAUCGCCAAAGAAAGAGAAGAGGAAAUCUCGAGAAAGGUCAAGGUCGAAAUCAAACGAAAACUCACGAUCCAGAUCAGCAUCGUGUGAAAAGAUGGAAAAGAAAUCACCGGAGCGAUCAGAAGCAGCAGAAGCAGACGUCGGGGAAUCUGUUGGUAUGGAAAACAGUAUAUCUGCCGAGAACACAAAACAAACUGACAGUGACAGACUUGAAGUAGUGGAACACAACGAGAGGGUGGAAACUGUUGAAAAUACAAAUGGAAAAUCAUCAGCUUCUCCAUCAUCACCAACAAGGGGAGAUCACUCUCCAUGAAAGUAAUAUUAAGGAUAAUGAUUGGCUGCAGCACUCAUUUCCUUGCAUAAUAAUUAUGGUUAAUCAGUUUAGCAAUUAAUCUUGCUCUUAAACUGACUACAUGAAUGUUUUUUUUGUUGUUGUUGUUUUUUAAAAAUCAGUUGUUUAAUUGAAUCAUUAAGAAUUGUUCAUAUUUGAAUGUGUACAUGACUUUUUAUGGAGAAAUUUGUUGGUUAUUGGAUUCAUAUCGUGAAGAUGUUUUCUGCUCUGAAAUGUUUUGGGUGGUUGUCAGGUUUUAUUACAACAUUAAGAAGGUAGACAAUCUUUGUCGACAUAACUUAUAACUUAAUCUAAUUCUGUUACAGUAAGGACCAAAAGUAUGAUAAAACUGAUCAUGCUUCGGGCUGAAUAUUCUGUCUGUUUUCUCAUUGAAUCCCACAGUACAUCAUUUUGUGAUUCCCACUGGUGAUGGAAGUUGGUUGGAAUUUCAUCAUUGAUCAUUGAUUAUAAUCGGUUUGCACCAACUGAUCAAUUUUCGAUUACACAAUUGGUUAGAAUUAUAUGAACAUCAGAAGGAUGUAGUGUUCGAGAUUAAACAUUUUGGGCAGUAUCCCAGUUGGAUACUAACAUUUCAAAAUCUUGUAUCCCUCCUGAGAAUUUAGUAUCCCACUUAAAUGAAAUUCACAAAUAACAUCUUAACAAACUUGUACGACACUUCUCAUUCCCAGUCUAUUGCUACACUGCAAUCGAAAUAGCGAAAUUUCGCAAUCAAACGGAAUCGGCAAAAAGAUUUGCUGCAUCUAUUUUUGAGUAAUAUAUAUAUACUGACAUAAAUUACUAUUUAGCAGUAAUCUGACAUUACUAAUGAUAAACCUACCUGUAUAAAUUUUUAAUCAGAUGUGGAAUCAAUAUCUCAAAUAAAAUUUGAAGGGAGGAAACGUCUAACAAAAACAAUAGCGACUUAGCGGUUCCUAGUCUAUUGCUAUGCCGCUAUUGCUUCAGUGUAGCGUUAGACUGGGUACGAGUUAGGGGGAGAUAUUGUUAUGGCAUAGCAUAGACUGGGUACGAGCUAAAAAAUACUGUUACUUAACUUCACCAUUAAAUGACGACUUUCAUUGUUUCAGCGAAAAAUAAAAACGCAGGAUUAAAAAACCCAACAACAUUAUAUGGUAUCCUGGUGGGAUACUGGUUUCUUGAAGUCUAGUAUCCAAUAUUAAAUUCUGGUAUCCCCGGGAUAUCGAGGUACCAUUAAUCUCGAACACUGUCCAGGAUAGACCUUACAAAUUGCUAAUUUUAUCUUUAAUGACUAUUAUCGUUUUUCUGUUUGUACACAUGAAAACAAACACCAUAUAUCAAUUCCAUUUCUAAAAGAAUGAACAAUUACAUUUACUACUUUCCCACACAGUCAGUUAUGGAUUGUAAUCGAUCAUCACAUUGAUUGAGUUAAUCCAAUCAAUGUUCAAUUAUAAUCAAUCAAUGGAACAUAACUAAUUCUGGUAGAAUAAUAAUAAUAUAAAAAAUUCAAUAUCUGGUCAAAUAUUUAAAUCUCCACUCAUUUCAAAUAUUUUUGCUUUACAAAUUGUUUGCAUAUAUUAUGAUGAAUAUUUAAUUCAACCAGUACAAAUAAAGUGAACAACAAUGCUGUAAGUAUGCAAGAUGUUUUGUUUAUCAUAUGUUGAAUCUUCCCUACACACAGUUUCAGCAAAUAUAAAUAAAACAAGAAAUACUGCUUGAAGACUGUUCCAAUAUUAUGGGUGCCUUAUCUCUCUGUUGAAAAGUGUCCAGGGAAUGAGAUUUAUGUCAUAAAUAAAUAAAUGUUAAAUGGCUGAAAAAAUAAUAUGUUUGAAGAGAGUAAACAUAAAUACAAGUAUAAUGGAAAUAUAUCAGAUUUCCAAAAAUAUAUUUACCUUUAACAUAUGUGCCAAGAACGUGUGUGGAUAGAUAACAUGGCUUUGUCAUUCUGCAGUUAACCCUCUUUAUAAUUACUCUGUUGGUGCUAUGCAAGUCUUGCCGUUGUAACGAUCAUGAAGAGUUAUCUCCCUUAGCUUGACAAGUGGGUUGGCAAAGCCAUCUAAAUAUCCAUAUACAUUACUAUUAAAUUAUAGAGAAAAAAAUCCACAGACUACAAUUUAAUUUUUUUUUUUUAUAUAGUUAUUACAAGGCCUAUUGUACAUGAAGUUGUAAUAUUUGCCGGCAUGCCAACAGCUAGUUCAUUAAUAUAAAGAACCUUUACCCAUUCUUUAUUGAAAUGGCUGGCAAUUUAUUUUGUUACGGAUGAAUUUCUUUGUAAUGAAGUAUUUUUCAUGCAUUGAAAUUUAAAGUUUUCAUUAUUUACCCAAUGGCUGUAACAUUGUUCUAUAUUCAUGUGAAUGUAAAUUGAUGAAAAACAGACACAAACUAUAAAUUAACAAAAAUAACAUCACUUCAAAUAAUAUGAUGUGAGAUUUUUUAUAUUGUGCAUCGACCCAAGUACCAAGGAAUUGGUGUUAUUGUUAAUAAUAGAACAUGUAAUCACUACACUGCAUUUGACAGGCUUGUGAAAUGAGUAGUAGCUAAUCUGAUGGGUGUCGGUGGUCUACAGCCUGGACUGACCACACAUGAAAGAAACUUGCUAAUCAUUUUCAAAAACAUGUUUGUUGUUUGCUGGUAAAUCUCUGCAAUUAUAAAGAACGAAAAAUGCAUUAAAAAUACAUAUUUGUUUUCAGAAAUUAUUACUGGCACUGAAAGUCAAAUAUUCCUUUGUAAAAAUUAAAAUAAAACUCUGGUUGCUUUGUCCCCAGUGGAAGCUGAUUUUGACGUAAUGCUGAUGUAAUGUUUUCAUAGCUUAGUGCAUGUCAUAAUGUUGUUUUCAGAUUACGUUACAUUUUUCAACUCAUCUUUAAGAAUAGUCCAUAAAAAAAAAAAUGAUAUGGCAGCUGGUGAAAACUUGUGUGCUUCUUGUCCUAGAAGAUCUCAACAAAGUUGAAUUCGGUGACAUGGUUUCAAUCUAGUAUGUGGAAUCUGUGUCACUGUAAAAGAAAGAAGUGUUUUAUUUAACGACGCACUCAACACAUUUUAUUUACGGUUAUAUGGAGUCAGACAUAUGGUUAAGGACCACAUAGAUUUUGAGAGGAAACCCACUGUCGCCACUACAUGGGCUACUCUUCCGAUUGGUUUCCUGACAAUAAUUUUCAAUACUCAACAGACAUAUUUCAAUUCUAUGCAAGUGUACUAUAAUAAACGAUAAUAGUAUAAUAAACAAUAAAAUGAUGAUAUGGUCUGGGAGUGGUAGUAACCUUUUUUUUUACAAGUGUUACCAGAUUCAAAUUUGAUAAACAACUAAAUGUUGGUGCAUUAAAACAGUAGACCAAUCAAAAUCUAUAACAGUUCGUCGUCUGAUACGUGUACUUUCAAAAUGAACCAGACUACAUGGAAAUACAACGAAACAGAUUGUCAUAAUGAAAAAGUUUAACAAGUUCUUAAAAUGGAAAUCCAUUUUAACAUGUGAAAAAUAUGUCUGAAACGUGCAGUUAGAUCUCAUGUUCUUGUAUGUGCACUUAUAUCACAUGCUUUCAAUUUAUUAACAAGUGUAUUAAAAUGUUCUUAGAUAAAAAUAAAUAAAUAAGAUCAGUGUUCAUUUCUGUUUACCAACUGAAAUAAUGCAUUUUGGAGUUAAGAUAUCUUCUACAUCUAUAACUGUUGAUGUUUUUAACAUGAUAUGCCCAAGAUAACUUUACCAUCAAUCUGUUCAACUUUAUAAUAUUUUAAAAUAACAUCCACCCGCUUCGUUUUUUUAACAAUGACUGGUUUUACACAGUGUAAUGUUACAAGCCUCUUUAUAUAUUUCAUCCCUUAACAUUUUAAAUCUUAUUGCAUUAUAUUACAACUUCUGUGAAAAAACCCACAUAAUUGUUUAAUAUAGUGAAACCUCUCUAAACUGGACACUCAUGGGACCAAGUAAAAAGUCUUGUUAUAAGAGCUAUCCAGUUUAGAGAGGUUGUGAUCUGUACUGAUAUUUAAAAAGGGACCGUGAAAAAUGUCUGGUUUUGAGGGAAUUCCUGUUUACUGGGUGUCCAAUUUUUAAGAGUCUUACUGUAUUUUAAAAGCUGUUGUAUUUAAUUUGAUGUAGUAGUAACAUUUAAAAGUGCUUGUUUUUGGCAGUAGCUAUUCAGGUUGUGGGAAUAUAUUGAAUGCUGAGUCCUUACAGUGUGCCCCAGUGAAGAAUGUGUAAGUCUGAGAUAAGAUCUGCAAUAAUGAAUACAUUUAUGCACCUGAAUGUUAUCAUGAUUUAGCAUGUUUCAUCUUGUGUUUCUCACAAGUAUUUUGGUUAGGAAUUGCAUACUGCCAAAUUUUUUACCAGUUAUUUGUGUCUACAUGAUAUGAGGUGGUUUGUUUUGUUGUUUUUUUGGUAUUAAAUUUGUACAUUUUGAGUUUUCAUUUAGCAAAUGCAGGCUCGAUUUCUCAUUGAUGGUUAAAUUAUUCAGCCAUGGUUCAUGGUUAAAAUUGUAUUUUAGAAUGGAUCAACUGAACUUUACAUUUCAUGUUAAUGAUCCAGUUUUCAUCUCCACUCAAGAUAUACCUGUAUUUGAACUGAGUGAUGUUUCACAUGAAAUUGUUUGUAACAUUGUUGAUGGAUUAUUGGAUACUGAGCUUAUUUGAGUGUAGUUCAAGAUUUAAACCUCUCAUAUUUGAACCACCAAUAAGAAAUCUGGCCUUGAGAAUGAUUGAAUCAUGCAUCUUGUAAUACUGGUUACAUCUGUAUGCUGAUAUAGACCUUUGUAAUAUCCAUACACCAUUAUAGCCAUGCAGUUUUGUACAUUUACUCAUGAACAAAUGAUGUUUGUUCACAUGCCUACACUGGAUUCCAUCUAAGAAAGUCCAGUUAAUUAUGAAAAAAAAUGAGGGAAAGAAAUGAAAUAUGGUCUACAAUUCCAUGCGUUUACUGAUUUCUUUCCAUCAUUAUAUAGGCCUGUAGGAACAACAUCUGAAGUGGGGUGAGGUGGGGUGGAUAGGGUGGGAUUGCACAAUUCCUAGUGAGUAGGCACAACCUAUAUUUUUUGUCCUGAAUUGGGAAGAGGGGACAUAACCCUCUCCCCUCCGUUGCUAAACGCCUGGUAUAUUGACUAAUGAACAGAUGAUUUUUGUCUUGUUUUGACCAAGUCGAAAGGUGAUAUACAGGUAUUAUUUUUCCAAUGAUGAUGUUGAUGGCGACGGUGAAAGUGUCAACUUUUGCAUUUAGGUUCAAAAUUAAGCUUUUGCAUUUAGCUUCAUUUCUUACAAACUUUUAAGUUGUAAAUCAUUGAAACUAGCAUUAUGCAGUCAUGUAGUUGCAUCUAUGAAUGUUCAUCUCAAUGCAUUUAAAAAAAGCAAAGGAGAGUUAAAACUACUUGAGUUAAUUUUAUUUUUCAUAAUUUUAUGUUGCAUCAUAUUUUAAAUUAUGUUUUAGUCACCAAAUCGGUUUAUUGUAAACAAGAUAUUUCACUCUGCAGAAUUUUUGUUUCAGUUAUUAUCGAUGGGUCAAAUUUGUUUUGAUCAAUCUCUUACACGUAAUAUUGUAACCUCCAUUGUUUGGCCUCACAACACAUUCCGGUAAAAAUAAACAGUGCUAUGCUAAGCAUGUCAUGAUCAGUGGAAGUGUGCUCUAAUGUGUUUUUACUGUACCCAGUUCAAGAGUUAUGCAGAUAUUGUAUGAGUAUUAUAGCUUUUUAAAAUUAAAAUUGUAAAAAUAGUUUUUUAUUAUUCAAAAAGGCAUUGUCUUUCUGGACAUUUUUGACAGCAAUAACUUGUUAUAAUUUGUUUGGGAAAUAUUUCAAGUUUUAAAUAUUUCAUGAGACCCCUUCAAAAACUAUAAUUAGUUUGCACCACUUAUCUGUUUAAAAUUCUAAAGAAACAUAUUUUGAAUAAUAAAAUAUUAAAGGGACAAAGAAAUGUAAGAUAAGGUUACAUACUGUAGUAUGAUAAAGUAUUACAUUAACAUUAACACUUUGGGAAAAUAUUUUAUGUGAUAUUGCACUGUUUAACCAAACUUUUCUGAUUUGUUUUUUUUGUCAACAAUCAUAGUAGUACAAUCAACAGAAAUCGUUUUUCUGAAUUUCAUUUUUCUGAUUUUUUUUUAAUGAGAAAUUUGUUUUGUCUUGAAAGAAUGUUGAAUACUUUUUUCAUGUUUUUAUAUUGUUUAUGUUGUUAUUUGACAACAAAAUUUUAGUAGACUUCUGUUUUAUUCACCUUUGGUUUGAGAAAGAACAUUUUGAAUGUGUUUUCAAAGGUAUGAGAUGGAAAUAAUUAUUAACAUCUGUCCAUUUGAUUAUAAUGUAUACAGAAUCAUAUUUUAUCUCAACAGAUUACAAACUGAUACGUUUUGUAUUUUGUUUUAUCCCAGCAAACUUAUAAUUUUGUAAUCUUUCAUUUGUAUCUUGUUGAUAGUUCCCGCUUUUAAAAAAAAUGUGUUUACCCAUUGUCUUCAUGUUGAUAUUAUGAACUAGUCUUUAGAUAGUCUUGGUUAUAUAAUCAGUAAGUUAGCUCUGUUUUUAAACUGCUGGUAGGUUAUGAUUGUUGUAAAGACAACUUAACAAACCGUAAUGUUAAAAUGUAAGUUCUUUUUGCAAAUUAUUAUCAUGGGUGUAAACUGUUCCACAGUAGUAGCAUUUGGAAAAUAAACAUGAAAUAAUUUAACUAAUUAUUUCAUCUAUACUGGAUCAUAUUUAUUUAUGUAAAAAAAUGAUUGACUUUUAGAAUAUUUGUCUCAUUUACUUUGUUAUUAUUUCGAUCAAGUAUUUUUAGAUGUAGGAAGACUAAACUUAGUAUAGACACCUAGAUGAAUACAGUAUUUUGUGAAGGUGAUAUUUUUUACAAUUUUGAUGAAAUUGUUGUGUGUAAUAUUUGUUGAAUUAUGCCGAGAAACGUUUCUCAUUCAGAAAUGUGACAGGUGGUAUUUUAGUGAUGAUGAAAAUUCAGAAUACAACAAAAUAAUGUGUAAACCUCACAUUGACUUUAUAGUAUGUAUGAAACAGAGCCAAUGAUCACUGAACUGCUUUUGACUUGCUUAACACUUAUCUACAAGCAUUUUAUUACCACUAAACUUAUUCGGAUUUAGAAUCUGGAGUACAAUGCCAGAAUUUCAUAAGAAGGAAAUUAAUAUGCAUGUAUUACGUGGUGCAUUCAAGCAUGAACGUCAUGGGUGUACAUUUUAUUUUUGUCAAGCCUGGAUUUGGGGUAUUGUAAUUAAGAGUGUGUUAAAAUCAGUAAGCAAGCUAGUAUUAAUGAAAUAGGAAAAGAAAUUGACAAGCACAUGUGUUUUUUGUUAUACAAUGUCUCAUGCAAAAUCACUAUGUGUGUGUGUGUGUGUGUAUAUAUAUAUAUAUAUAUAUAUAUAUAUAUAUAUAUAUAUAUAUAUAAAAGGUGAUGACUUACAGAAAAUCAAGUGUGAUAUAAAUUUGCUUUGAAACAUCUAAAGAAAGAAAAAGAGAACAGCCCAUUUAAUGGGUAGAAUUUAAUUAUAAUAUAUUUAAAAAAAAAGUUAUUUUCAUAUUAAGAUAAACUGACCAUAAAUGUAAGAUUAUUAUAUUUAUUAUUAACAGCCCAUUCAAUAGGUAGAGUUUAUAAAUAAUUGUUUAUCAAGUGUUGGCAUCAUUCUAUCCAGGAAAAUUACUAUAUAUCUUUACUGGGUUUUUAAAUUGUUUAACUUAUUAAAUAUUUAGUACAUAUAAAUGUCCUCAUAACAUAACAAAGACUGAACUAUUAUUGAAAACCUUCAGACAAAUGCAAAUAUUAACUAUGCUGUUUAUUAAUUACAAAACACUAGGAGUAAAAACAACCCAAUUGGUAAUGAGACUGUUAUUUUUCUUGUUAUACAAUGUUGUGAUAUUUCAUGUUGUGGCAGUUGUUUAAUAUUAAAAUGAUCUAGCAUCUGUAAUCUAUGCAUGCUGAGUAAAAGGGAAAAAUAUAUUUAAAUUUUCCAAUUUGUAUUUGGAUGUAUUUUUGAAAGCUGUGCAAAAUAUGUUGGUCAUGUUUCACAUAAUUUAAUAAUGUUUCAUAUUGAGUAAUGUUUCAUAUUACCUUGUCAUUAAAAUAACCAAAGAAAUAAAAGGUAUGCAAGGAAA